AAAGUCGAAGGACAACAAGAAGGACACAACACGGCGCACGUGUUAUAUUUUAAGUAUAUAAUUUGAUAUACAGGUCGUUUAAACCUGAAAAUGGGUCGACGAGGAAGAGCAUCUUCUCCUAUGUCCAGCCGAAGGGCAUCACCACCUCCUGCAGCCCCACGGAGGCAGACACUGCCAGCACAACCCCCACCAUCAGCACCUAUGAUGGCUGGUAACCAGCCCAGGCAACCAGGAUUGAUGGCUCAGAUGGCUGCCACUGCUGGAGGUGUUGCGAUAGGAUCUACUGUGGGUCACGUUGUAGGCCACGCUAUUACAGGAGGUGGUGGUCAUUCUCCUGCACCCCAGGAAGCUGCACCUCAACAAGCUGCUGGCCAGCCUGUAUACAACCAGCAGCAGAUGAGCCAGCCCUGUGAAUAUGAGAUGAGGCAGUUCUUGGAGUGUACUCAAACUCAGAGUGAUCUUUCCAUGUGUACAGGCAUCAACGAAAUUCUUAAAGACUGCAAGCUCAAAUACAAUAUUGUGUAAAGAUGAGGUUGUGAUGUUGGACAAAGCUCUUUAAAGCAGUUUGGAUACUGGUGUGGUAGGAUUAAUUGAAAGUGUAUAAGAUAUGGAAGGACCUCAGCUCAGGAAUGGAAAUGUGAAUUAUAGACUGUUGUUUUAAUUUAUGUGAUAUUUUUCCGGUUUUAAUGUUUACCUCUUAUGUAUAAAAGUUAGACCUGGAAUCAACAGUUAUAUUUAACAUCAAACAACACAGAAUAUAAACAUAUACUUUAAUCUAAUUAAGGUUGAUUGAUUGAUGCAAAUGAAGACCCUGGUUCAAAAAAAAUUUAAAUAAAUUGUUUUGAAUGUG